AUGCUUGGAGAAGCAACAUGGGUCGAUGGCAUUGCAUUCAUUGCCCGUGGCAUUACCUUUCGGAACACCGCCGGCCCACAAAAUUCUCAAGCAGUUGCACUCCGAUCAGCGUCAGAUCUCUCAGUCUUUUAUUCUUGUGGUUUCGAAGGAUAUCAAGACACACUCUUCGUCCUUGCUCAACGACAAUUCUACAAAUCAUGUUACAUCUAUGGUACUAUAGAUUUUAUUUUCGGUAACGCAGCUGUGAUUUUUCAAAACUGUUUCAUUUUGGUAAGAAAGCCUCUAUGGGGCCAAGUGAAUGUAAUUACAGCCCAAGGUCGGGUUGAUCCAUUUCAAAACACAGGAAUUUCGAUCCAUAAUUCCCUAGUCAGUCCGGCACCGGACUUAUUGCCGGUGGCUCAUUUGUACAACACAUACUUGGGACGUCCCUGGAUGCAAUACUCUAGGACAGUUUAUCUUAAAACUUAUUUUGAUGGUAUAGUGAAUUCAGCAGGUUGGUUGCCAUGGGAAAAUACCAAUUUCGCUUUCGACACUUUGUACUAUGGAGAAUACAUGAACUUUGGGCCGGGGUCUUCGACCCAAUACAGAGUGAAGUGGCGUGGCUAUCAUGUUAUAACGAGCACGAAGACAGCGUCACAGUUCACGGUUGCCAGUUUUAUCGCCGGUGGGGCUUGGUUGCCAGCCACAGGCGUGCCAUUCACAGCAGGACUGUAA